AUGAUUGAUAAUAAAAUUUAUUCAAGAGAUAGUGAAGAGACUCCAAGAGAAUAUGUGAAUUCUGAUAGUCAAAAUAGUGAGCAGAGCCUAAAAACUCCUUUAAAAGCUGAAGAUCACAUUGGCAGAUAUGUGAAACUAUCAUGGGAAAAUAUAAAUUAUUAUGCGUCUACUAAAGGGAAAACUAUACAGAUUUUGAAAAGCGUGUCUGGGCAUGCAAAUCCUGGGGAGUUUUUAUACUAUUUAAUUGGAUUUUAUAUUUAAAAUAUAUAAUAAAAAAUAAAAAUUAAUCCAAUUUUAGAGGGGAUAGCGAUUAUGGGCUCAUCUGGGUCAGGGAAGACCUCGCUUUUGAAUAUUUUGGCAAAUAGGGUAACAAGUGCAGGCCAGACAGAAAGAACUGGGACGAUUACAGCUAAUGGAAAAGACACAAAAGAGAUCAGCAUAAGUAAAUAUGCAGCUUAUGUGACUCAAGAUGAUAUUUUAUUACCAGUUCUAACCCCAAGGGACUGCUUAAUGUUCUAUGCAGCUUUGAGAUGUCCUGGAAAUGCUAAAGAAAGAUUAGCAAAAGUAGAAGAGAUUCUUAGCGAUCUAAACAUAGCAAAAAUAGCAGACAAUUUAAUUGGAAAUGCAUUAGCAUUAAUUAAUUAUAGUGUAGGCCACGCUUCUAUUAACGCUGAUCGCUUUUCAACCAGUUCUGCACACAGUCCUGCACUUGUCGCUACUUCUAACAAAGAUCUUCUCUUAUUAUCUGGAAUUAGAAAGGUCAACAUAAAAAACGUCUAUUCAGGGUGACUUAGAAAUUUAAAUUCCUUCUCAUUUUGAGGCCAAAUCAGAAACUCAAAGCCUAAGACAAAAUGCUGGUAUCACAAUAGGAAGCUGUCUAAUUGGUCUAGUGAGAUGUCCUAG